AUGGCGCUCUCCAUGUUUGAAAAGAUUGAAGGUUUGGAACUCAAGCCUACUCGGAUGACUCUUCAACUAGUAGAUAGAUCUCUAAAAUAUCCUUAUGGGGUAGCUGAAGAUGUGAUUGUGAAGGUAGAAAAAUUUCUAUUUCCUGUGGACUUUGUUAUCAUGGAGAUGGAGGAGGAUGUAAAUGUUCUUGGGAGACUUUUUUUGAAGACUGCAAGACUUUUGAUUGAUGUGGAAAACGAUAAACUGAAGGUGAGAGUGCAAGAUGAAGAAGUAAAUUUUGAUGUUUUUGAAGCUAUGGCUCACCGAAAGGAUGACAAGGAGUGUUUCCAUCUUGAUACUCUUGACAAAAUUUGCAUGAUACAAGAGAAGAAAGCAAGUGGUAUUUUUCUUUUAGAGGAGAUGCUAGUUGACACUUGUGAAGAAUUGAAUGAGAAAGAAGAAUAA